AUGGCGAAGCAUCUUGGAGGCUCAGGCACACUGCUUGCGUCCUCACGAAGGAAGUCACGCAAAGCUCAUUUCGGAGCCCCCUCGAGUGUCCGAAGAACUAUUAUGAGUGCGCCUCUCAGUAAGGAAUUACGGGAAAAGCACAAUGUUCGCAGCAUACCAAUUCGAAAAGACGACGAAGUCAUCAUCAUGCGAGGUACCAACAAAGGACGAGAAGGCAAAGUCACCUCGGUGUACAGAUUGAAAUAUGUCAUUCAUGUCGAGCGAGUGUCGAGAGAAAAGUCAAAUGGUCAAAGUGUUCCGAUCGGCGUUCACCCUAGCAAGUGCACCAUCACCAAGCUAAAGAUGGACAAAGAUCGCGAGAGUAUCCUCGAGAGAGUGGGUAAGGGUAGGGAGGCCAUCAAGGAGCAGCGACAGAUUGGGAAAAAGGAUUGA